AUGGACGUGCCAGAUGCACUGGGCCGCAGCUCAUGGUCAGAAGAGCUUGGCUCCGACGAGGACCUGAGCGAGGAAGAGCUGCCGCGUCCUGUUUUGGACCAGAUUCCCCCGUCGCCUGGGUACGGCGCCGAUCCCAGCACCGCGCUCGGCACUGGAUUCUGGCUGCCAGCGCCGAUGCAAAGCAGCGAGCGCUUCCAGUUGCCUUUUGGCGCGCGGUGGGCGCUGCCGCAGGGAAAUAUAUUGUGGGGCCUGGGCACACAGAAGCGAAAGUCGCGCCAGCAGCACAGUUACGGCGCGCUGGACAGUGCGCCGCGCCCUGCAUUUAGUCCGUCCGUGUUUCGUGCGACGACCAAUAUCGGUGCGCUGAAUCCCGGACGGAACACGAAUAUGGAGCCGAUCGGAUUCCGCACGCGUGCGCCGGAAUACGACACGAGUGUACAAGAUAUGCCGCUGCCAAGCUCGCCGUCGGUGCGGCCAAAGCACAUGUUCGAACAUGCCUUCCGGCCCAGUGGCGACGCCAUUGACACGGUCUUGGGGAGCUGGACGCAGCGGAAUUUUGUGCUCAUUUGGCUACCUGUGCUGCUUGUGCUGGGAUGGUGUGCAAUGCCGUUUCCAAAUACGCGAGAAACGCAGAUGGACGAGAAUUUUUGGUUUUUUUUGUUAUGGUACUAUGGGGCGUAUGUGAGUGUAGGUCUUAUUUUUGUCACGCAGCUCUUUACGCUGUACCGACUCAACUGGUGGCCGUCGGCAAUCGGUGCCAAGACGUCGUACGUGCUUUUCUGGUCGCUCAGUGUAUUCUGCGGCUACUUGCUCUACCGCUGGAAUCCUUUCGACAGCGCGGACCCAGAAGACGAGCAAUGGGCACUCAAGACACAGUGGGUUUUGCUCGCAUUCGCGACCAUGGCCAUGCCUGCGUGUGUGUGCUUUGUGGGGCUCCGUCGUCGCGGGCGACAGCUGCACCGCACAGCAGUUCCUGAGAGCCAGCAGCCGUUUGUGUCGACGGCUAUGUUUGCACGCAUCCCUGCGUCCUACCGCCGGUUUUUGUGGUUCCUCAGCACAAUGGCGCUCAAUCUGCUCACAUUGCUUAUUGGGCAGGGGUACGCGAUCGUGUACCUGUCCACCUUGCCGCACACUGGUCUCGACGGCACAUUGUACGUUGCGUUUUGGCUCGUGACGGUGAAUGUACUGAGCACGCUUUCCCAGGUCGUGCUUGGGGAUAAGGUCCGGAGCCGUGCACUGCAGUUUGUCUCCAAGUUUUUCUACUUUAUGGUGUACUUUAUCUUUUAUCGCAAUCUGUUUGCGCGGCUCCGGAGCUUUGACCAGUUUGCGCUCAUCCAGCUCUUGAGCUCCGCGUGGGUAUGUCUUUGGUACCCACUUACCAUGUCGCGCACAUGGCUGCGCUUCCUGAACAAGUUUAAUCCGCGCGCCGUGCCGUGGGAACGCCACGCGGAAAAGAUGAGCCUCUUUUUUUAUCUGCGCAACAUGGCGCAGCACACUACCAUGCUCGCUUUUCUCGGCUGGCUUUCCCUGCUGCACUUCGGCAUCAACCGGCGCAUGUAUCCCUUCUUUGCUUUUGACGACAAGGACCCUUACAAUUACAAGCUUACGAUGCAGGGCUCUUUGGUGAUCUGGGUCUCGGAAUGCAUCUCGAACUGGGCCACGACCCGCGUAUGUGUGCUGCUGUACGGCGUAAAUAUGGCGCAGGUGGGACUCGCAGAGAUGCGCCUCUAUCCAGAGCUCGUGCCUACCUGUGUAUGGACGAGCUUACACGUGCUCAUGAACAUGCUUUUUUUUCUCAUCCAGCUAGACUUUCAGUAG